AUUGUAUUCAGUUGCUCAAUCCACAUUUUCUAUAUAAAAUAACAGCUAAAUGCUGGAAAAAUUAGUUUCGGUGAAGCUCAUCUAGUGCACCAGAAUUCUCAGAGUUUGUCAGACACAUUGCAAGAUGUUUCCAUUUCUAAUGCUCAGUGUUCUUCUUCUGGGAACAUGCCUGGCCAAUCCGCUUCUUGGAAUGAAUGAUAUAAUUGAUGAUCUGAACCRCAUCAGAGAAGACCUGAAUAAUCUGGAUAAAAAAGUAACUGAAUUUGGGAACAAUUUUUACACAGUACACCACGCUCGGUCUUUUGCAACAGGCAGUGAAAAAUUAUAUACCACCAAUGAACAAGAAGGGAACUUUGAGGAAGCAAGUGCCACUUGUACCCAAGCCGGGGGUCAUAUUCCAUCUCCAAAGAAAGAAGGGGAGUGGAAAGCCCUGCAGAAUGUCUUAGAGCGGCGCAACAAGCUUACCUUCAUUGCAGGCCAAGAUUCAGAAAAUGCUGCAAACUGGGCCCCUGGCGAGCCAAACAAUGCUGAUGGAACAAAGAACUGUGUAACAAUGGACAAAGAUGGCAAGUGGCAUGCAGCAUCCUGUGAAGAGAAGCAUUUGUUUGUUUGCCAAUUUUCCUUUGUCCCCUAACUUUGGUUGGGGUUAAAAGUAGUGCCGUGCAGUGGUGUUGGUUUAAAACCUCUGUUUAUUAUUUCUUGAAGUAAUCAUUUCACCCAUAAGGUCACUUUUAGCCUGUCUGUCUUGCUAGAAGGUUGCAAUGAUAAAAUUGAAUAAUGUCUACAUGUGCUUUUAGAGCUUUUUAGUGGAAAGAUGGCAUAUUCAUUUGAUUAAUAAAUGCAUUAUAUUCAA